UUCAGUCCUGCCCUCGAAGGAAAUUUGUCACCCUGGAUUGGCUCCCAGAACCCAGGCUCCUCCUCCGGCUCCCAGCUGGUUGGGCCUUUUCUCUGCCCCUCCCCAUGAGUGGGUCACCCCACAGGGAGACACAACAGAGACCAGAGAGGAUCCUAGGUAGGAAGAGGCAGGGACAGCAAGGAGAUGCCACCCAAGACCAAAGAAAAAGGGAGGAAAACUGGGGCCCAGAAGAAGAAAGAGAAGGCAGGUGCUGAUGUGGAGGCCAAGUCCGCACACAGGUGGGCAGUGCUGGAGAAGGAGCUGCUCCAAGACCACUUGGCUCUGCGGAGGGAUGAAGCCCGCCGGGCCAAAGCUUCUGCAGAGCAGCUAAAGCGGAGGCUGCAAGUGCUGGAGGCUGAGCUGGAGGAGGCCCGAAGUGAGGGCGAGGCCGUCUAUGCAGAGAUGAGUCGUCAGUGCCGAGCCCUGCAGAAGGAAAUGGAGACCCGCAGCAGGCAGCUGGAGGAAGAAGUGACGGGCCUUCGGGAGCAGCUGGAGACGUGCCAGAGGGAGGCUGAGACUGCACGGCGAGAGGCUGAGCAGGCCCUCGGAGAGCGGGACCAGACUCUGGCUCAGCUCCGGGCCCACGUGGCAGACAUGGAGGCCAAGUAUGAGGAAAUCUUACAUGGCAGCCUGGACCGACUCUUGGCCAAGCUGAGAGCCGUCAAGCCUCAGUGGGACGGGGCUAUGCUGAGACUUCACGCCAAGUACAAGGAGCAGCUCUGCCAGUUUGGACUCAACCCCCUGGAUCUUUGAAGCUGUAAGCUGCUAGUCUCUGGGGCUCUCAGAGGCCCCAGCAAUAAAGCUGUCUUGAUGUAGAACUCAACAGAACUAUGGUCUGUGGCUUUUGGGCAGAUAUGAGUGUCUCUCUGGGGGCACAUUGGUUCUGGGCUGACCCAUUACCCUGAAGACUGAAGGAGAGGAAUUUGACAAACUCUCAACUCCUCUCUUAGAGAAACUGGGCCCCAUGCCUUGAGUCUGGGGCCGUUUUGGUCCCUUCAAAUCACCAUCCCCUACACCCACCCAGCCAAC